AUGCUUCGGCUGGAGGAGGAGAAUCAGACGCCUCGUCUCUUCGACGCCCUCUACCCUUUCCGGCAAAGCAACGCCGAGGGGGCGAGCAAAAUCGAUGCAAAUCGUACACUUCUUCGGGAACAGCCUUCGCGCACCAAGUGGGUGCGCAAUCGAAGGGAGCAGUUCGUGCAGCACCAGCAUCUCCUCCGCCGGCUUGUCCGCGCCGCGCCCGCCGCCAAUAUUGGAGAUGAAGAUGUAGAUGAAGAUGGAGAUGGAGAUGGAGAUGAAGUUGACAAUGACACCGCGACGACUCGAACUCGCAAGCGAAAGAGGCGUGCAGCAGCUUCUUCCUCUUCGUCAUCUUCUACUACGUCGACUUCUGCCACGACCAGCGGCCUGUGGGAGGAGGCGGCCCGAUUGCUCCCCACACCCUUUGCCCUGGAGAAGGGCACUCUCCGCUCCUUGCGCGACCUCAACACGCGGGUGGGUCUCGAGGUGGUCCGCAACACGCAGCCGCCGCGCGGCGCCCACCAGCUCGCGCAGCACCUCGCCCACGCCUACCCCGUCCUGAUGGGUCCACUGGCAUUGGAGAGGGCGUUCACGCUCGCUGGUCAGUCCCGAUGGCGCGAUGCAUACGACUCCCUCGAGAACUUUCUGAUCACGCCGGGCUUUCGAUCGAAUCCACUUUAUGGGUCCUACUGCGGGAUAUUCCUGUUCAUCCUCUCCUCGGCCUCCCGUACCCACGAGGAGGAGUGGGAAGAGGACGGCGAUAAUCGCAGCGAGGCGUACAAGCAGCUCCUGCAAGCCAGACAGCACCUCGAGACGGCGACGGCCCUGCACGACGGCCCCGCGCUCCUCCAUUUCCUUGCCAGCACGAUGGUGCUUACGGGUGACGCCGAACAGGCGCUCGAAACGGUGCGUGCCUAUUGCCGUCUGCACCCUCGCGACCCGCACGGACUCAGAUACGGCGACGAGGACGACCGCGUGACGCUGCAGCUCGACAGCGUCAGCUCGCUCCUUGAGCUCGACCCGGCGUCCAUGCCCGGACUCGCCGCGACGCUGGACCUCUAUGCGAAGGAUCACCUGUCGCUGGCCGAGGCCAUCAAGCGGGUGGCCCGGCUCGUGGAGCUCAUCCCCGGCGACGAGUCCCUGUGGGCGCUCCUCUGGCAGUCCCUCGAGCAGCUGGCACAGCACCAUCUCACGCCCGAGCAAGAGGCCGACCUGGCGGCGUUUUGGGAGGAGAGGAGGGGCUGGUGGGCCACCCACUACUUCCACCUCGCCCUGGCCUCGCGCCUCGGACUGUGCAGCGAAACGCAGCUCUACUACCGGGCGCUCUGCUCGCGGGUGAUCCUCAACGACGGCAACGACGACGACGAGUCCGCCUUCGUGCGCGCCGUUCGAGGACUGCUCGCGCCCGCCGCGGACUCGGAGGGGGAUGAGGAGGAGGAGGAGGAGGUGAAGCGGGAGGCCGAAGAGGCCGCACCGGCCACGCCGGAGAGCCGCCCGCCAGACGCCGAUGCCGACGCCGACGAGUACGUAGAACUCGAUGACGACGCCGACGACCAACUCGAUGACGAGGAGAGGCCGACGGAGGCGGUGAUGCGAGAUCAGGCAAAGCCGGAGGACGGCAGCAGCGGACGCCAACAACCGCCAGCGUGGCUGCAGCUGCGCGAUCGGAAGCGCGAGGCGGCGCGACGCCAAGAGGAGGCAUCCACCGCGUACGCGCGGCGCGAGGAAGACAACGACGACGACGACGACGACGACGACGACGACGACGACGUCGACGAACAGCAGAUGAAGCUCCUGCGACACAGGCAGUCCUGCGUCUGCUGUGGCAUGCGACCCCGGCAAGCCCACCAUUGUCUGCACCUGUGGGGCAAGUGCCGGUGCUGUCGCCGAGAAGAGGGCGGCACCUACGGCGAGGAGGACCUAUCAGACUCAGAUGAAGAUGAAGACGAUGACGACGGUGAUAGCGCGUGCUGA